UCUGCCUUGCUUCAGAUGUUAGUGUCAGUUUUCUAUGUUCAGUUUUCCAACACAUUUACAGAUAAGGUUGACAGAGAAAAAGGACACUGAUUAUUGGGUUUGUUUCUGAGUUUUGUGUCUGUUUCUUUGUUUUCCAGAGAGCUACUUAAUUAGCUUGCUUUGAUCUGCAUUUAUGUCGUCCAAGACCCAAACGGAGACCCGGAUGGACGGUCUAGAGAAGAUAAACGGCGGGGUUGGUGGUGAUUCAGACGACAGGUGUCAGGUGGAGGAGGUGGCACUGGUGGUGCCGGAGACCGAUGACCCAUCACUGCCGGUGAUGACUUUCCGGGCAUGGUUUCUGGGGUUGACCUCAUGCGUCGUCCUCAUCUUCCUCAACACCUUCUUCACGUACCGCAGGCAGCCCCUGACAAUCUCGGCCAUCCUCAUGCAAAUCGCCGCCCUGCCCAUUGGGAAGUUCAUGGCCUCCACGCUGCCUAGGACGGAGUACAGCCUGUUUGGAUGGAGGUUUAGCUUGAAUCCUGGGCCGUUCAACAUGAAGGAGCAUGUCAUCAUCACCAUCUUCGCCAAUUGUGGCGUGUCUUAUGGUGGGGGUGAUGCCUACUCAAUCGGUGCCAUUACGGUCAUGAAGACUUAUUAUAAGCAGAGCUUGAGUUUCCUUUGUGGCCUCUUCAUCGUACUGUCGACGCAGAUUUUGGGGUAUGGAUGGGCUGGAAUGCUUAGGAGAUACCUGGUAGAGCCGGUUGAAAUGUGGUGGCCUUCAAACGUUGCUCAGGUUUCUCUGUUUAGAGCACUACAUGAAAGGGAGCCGAAAAACAAAGGCCUUACCCGGAUGAAAUUUUUCCUUAUUGCCAUUACUGCAAGCUUUCUCUAUUAUGCGCUCCCCGGAUAUCUGUUUCCGAUUUUGACAUUCUUCUCUUGGGUGUGCUGGGCAUGGCCCCAUAGUAUCACAGCUCAGCAAAUUGGGUCUGGUUACCAUGGACUUGGUGUUGGUGCCUUCACUCUUGAUUGGGCAGGGAUAUCUGCUUAUCAUGGCAGCCCUCUUGUGACUCCCUGGCCUUCCAUCCUCAAUAUUGGGAUUGGAUUUAUUAUGUUCAUCUACAUAAUUGUCCCUUUGUGUUACUGGAAGUUUGACACCUUUGAUGCUCGGAAAUUCCCUAUAUUUUCUGAUCAGCUAUUCACAAGCACCGGGCACAAAUAUGAUACCACGAAGAUCUUGACGCCACAAUACGAUCUUAAUGUUGCUGCUUAUGAUAGUUAUGGGAAGCUCUAUCUUAGUCCUCUGUUCGCCCUAUCUAUUGGAUCAGGAUUUGCAAGAUUUGCAGCAAUACUAACUCAUGUGGCACUAUUUCAUGGCAGUGAUAUUUUGAAGCAGAGCAGAUCAGCAAUGAAGAAUGUGAAGUUGGACGUCCAUGCUAGAUUGAUGAAAAGUUAUAAACAAGUGCCUCAAUGGUGGUUCCUCAUUUUGUUACUAGGGAGCAUAAUACUAUCCUUAAUAAUGUCUUUUGUGUGGAAAGAAGAGAUUCAACUCCCGUGGUGGGGGAUGCUAUUUGCCUUUGCCUUGGCUUUUGUUGUUACCCUCCCAAUUGGAAUCAUUCAAGCAACUACCAACCAGCAACCUGGAUAUGACAUCAUAGCACAAUUUAUGUUUGGUUAUGUGCUGCCCGGAAAACCCAUUGCAAGCUUGCUUUUCAAGAUUUAUGGAAGAAUCAGCACCGUCCAUGCUCUCUCUUUCUUAUCUGACCUCAAACUUGGGCAUUACAUGAAAAUUCCACCACGGUGCAUGUACACAGCUCAGCUGGUGGGAACCAUUGUUGCUGGUACGGUGAAUCUUGUAGUUGCAUGGUGGAUGUUGGGGAGCAUCGAUAACAUCUGCGAUGUUGAAGCACUCCAUCCUGACAGCCCCUGGACUUGCCCUAAAUUCCGAGUGACUUUUGAUGUUUCUGUUAUAUGGGGCCUGAUCGGGCCAAGGCGGCUAUUUGGACCCGGAGGGAUGUACCGGAACUUGGUAUGGUUGUUCCUCAUCGGAGCGGUCUUGCCGGUUCCUAUAUGGGUAUUGAGCAAAAUCUUUCCUGAGAAGAAAUGGAUUCCCUUGAUAAAUAUACCAGUUUUAUUAUAUGGUUUUGCUGGAAUGCCACCAGCAACUCCCACCAAUAUAGCUAGCUGGCUUAUCACUGGAGCCACCUUUAACUACUUUGUGUUCAAAUACCACAAAGGCUGGUGGCAGAAAUAUAACUAUGUUCUAUCUGCAGCAUUGGAUGCUGGGACAGCUUUCAUGGGUGUUCUAUUGUUCUUUGCUUUGCAAAAUGAGAACAAAGAAUUGAACUGGUGGGGGACUAAGCUCGACCACUGUCCUCUGGCGAAAUGCCCGACUGCUCCAGGUAUUGUGGUUGAAGGAUGUCCAGUUUUUAAAUAGUCACACACUCUGCUAAAGAGAUGGGUGUUUGAAGAUUUGAAGACAAGGUGGAAAAAGUGCAGUUUCAAAGGAGGAAGAGAGAUUAUGCUAGAGUUGGGUAUAGAGCAAAAUUGAAUAACCAAUUGCUUUGCAUUUUUGUACAUGCAUGCUUGUUUACUCUCAUUGAAAGUGAACAAGGGUCUUCCUCUUUGUACUUGAUAGUAGGAAGUUGAUAUUCGCUUUGGAAUAUAUAUAUGACUGUCAGUAGUUUUGACAGUUUCA